CCCAAUGAGUUUAAUCACCCCCUAAGAACUUUGUACACUCCUUGCAAGUCGUUCCUGUCGUUCAGUCAGGUUUUUCCACGACGGCAUAUUUUCAUCGCAUGUUGGUCACGUUACCCAGAUGCGAGGAGUUAACCAAGAUGCUAGGAAAACUUAAAAGUAUUAGAACUGCAUGCCUUAAAAUUUGGUUCUCCUUUUAAACACUUACUAGUAUAAACCUUUUUGUUUCAUUUCAGUUGCUAUAUUUGAUUUUGAGUAAAACACAUACUACAUCAGAAAUUUAAUAGAAAGUUUAUAGAAUUAAAAAGCAUUGUCACUUAUAUUCUAAAGGCCAGUAUUCCAUGACUAAUACAUUAUCUUGUAGAUUAGAUUUGUUAAUGAAGUCAGAAGAUCACUCUUAAUCUGUCAUGUAUAGAUAAUCAUAUCACAUGUAUCUGUUUGUGUGCUGUGAUGUUGCACAACUCUUGGAAUAGAAAAUAUUAAAUGUGUACUAGGUAUAAUAUUGGGUUAUUUUUCAGGGAAGUUUGGUGUCACAAUAUAUACUUUGCUGCUAUCAGGGAUUGUAUUGCAAGUCUUUAGACUGGCUGGCGUGGAAUAAAGAAAACAAUGAUUAAUGAUAUCUGGGAAGGAUUUGCUAUGUUAAUUAGAGAUUAAUCAUUGAAAAGAAGAAGACAAUAUGGCAAGUAUGGAUUUUGAGUGACUAGUCUUCCCAGACCAUCACAUCAGCACCUUGGGACGUCAUCCCCAGAGGAUGUGAUAGCAUGAUCUCUUGCACAUGGAAGGACAGUGCAUAGGAGAGGCAUACCAAAUCAUCCUGUGAUGUUUUUUUAUUUCUUUUAAUUUAACAUCUGUUUGAAUUAAUUCAAGAUGGAAGAAAAUAAUAGUGAAACAGCAAGAGAUUCAAGUGGAGUGAAGACCAACCCAAGAGAUGAGACCAAUGGUGCAUGCUCAUCCCCAGAGGACCAAAAAAUUACAAACAAGGGAACAAGUGAUGGGGACCAUCUUACUGAGACAGGCAAGGAAGUAGAGGACUGCUGUAAUGGGGAAAUUUACAAGAAGAAAGAUUUAUCAGGAGGGCAGAAAGUGGAGGAUGUAACAGGAUCAUCAUCAGAAAAUGAUGCUUCAGAAAUGGCUGAGAAAACCAUGAAAAGAAGAAAGAAAAGGCCCAAGAACGUAUCACAAGAGGCUCAGGAACGUCAAAAGAAAAUGCAGCAAAUUCAAGAUAUACUGUCUUCCACUCCACUAGAUUUAGAAGUCCUUCGAAAACUUGCAAUUGGUGAUGGCGGUCUUAUAAAAGAUGAGUUACGCCGCAAGGCUUGGCCUCGCCUCAUGAUGAUUGAGCAUAUGGAAGUGACCCCCAAACCCACCCUGGACACGAUCAAAAGCCACAAGGAUUACCAGCAGGUGGUGCUGGAUGUCAACCGGUCCCUCAAACGCUUCCCUCCUGGAAUAGAUGAUGAUUACAGGCUGGUUCUGAUGGACCAGCUCACCACUCUCAUUAUUAGGAUUCUCAUGAAGCAUCCUGAACUGAAUUAUUACCAGGGUUUUCAUGAUGUUGCUAUAACAUUCCUUCUGGUCAUGGGCGAAGAUGUUGGUUAUGAGAUGGUAGAGAAGCUCUCCGUCACACACCUGAGUGAGUUCAUGCGGCCAACAAUGGAGAAGACCACAUAUUACCUCACCUACAUAUAUCCCAUUCUUCGAAGGGCAGACACCAAGCUGUACCAGUUUUUGAUAGAUUCAGGUGUAGGAACAGUGUUUUGUUUGCCCUGGCUUAUUACAUGGUUCGCUCACACACUUUCCGACUACCGCAAUGUGGUGAGGUUAUACGACUGCUUCUUGGCUUCCCCUUAUCUCAUGCCGAUGUACAUAGCUGCUGCAAUUGUUUUACACAAGAAAGAAGAUGUUUUAGCUGGAGAAUGCGAUAUGGCAAUGCAACAUUACAUUCUUUCACAGGUUCCUGAUACAUUACCUCUGGAGCGCAUCCUAGUAGAUGCAGGGGAAUUAUAUAACCUUUAUCCACCUGACACUUUACAAGAGGAAGUCAAUGAGUUUCUGCAGAAAAAGGCUGAAGAAGAGAAGCUGGAGAAGCAGCAAGUCCUCGAGAGACGCAAGAAGUUCGAAGCAGCGCGAAGAGGUCAGAAUUACCGGGGGAUCCUUGCAACGGUGUUCAGAUACCUUCCACUGGUGCCAGCUCAGAGGAACAUGCUCGUGAAGGUGGCCGCCUUUGCAGUGACUGCAUACAUUGCCACUAGCCUUUAUAGCUACUAUUCCAAUUCAGCUCUUGUGUUUCCUUUUGUAGCAAAACGAUGAUAAUAUAUGAAUUACAGUGCAUAGCUCUUAGUUCCUAGUCAGUUUCAUCACCUAGUCUUUCACUCUGCUCGAUUAUUUUAAAACAAUUGAAUGAUGGGUAGUAAACUUUAUCUUUUUGCUCUGUAAACUAAUUAAAUAAUGGAAUACGUAUGUUAAAUGUAUAUAACAUAAUUAUAUUGUACAGAGUUUUAGAGUUUUUUGUUUUUCUUUUUGUAUUUUCAGAAUAUAUAAUAUUAGCAUGUCAGUUUGUUAUAUUCAGGGCUCAUAAUUUAGAGUUUUUGUAAAGUUUACUAUGGAAUAAAGUGGUUGUUUAA